GUCUCUGUCUCUGUUUCUCUCUGUCUCUCUCUGUCUCUGUCUCUCUCUGUCGCUCCUCUCUCUGUCUCUCUGUCUGUCUGUCUCUCUCUCAUCUCUGUUUCUCUCUUUCUUCCCUCUCCUUUCCCUUCAUCUCUGUGUCCUCUCUAUCCCUUGCUAUGUCUACCUUGAUGGCUGUCCUCUGUCCUGUGUCUGCCUCUGUCCCUCUGUGUUUCUCCGCGUCUCUGUUCCUGUGCGUCUCUCUCAUUUCUCCAGGAAGGACUGAAUGGGUGGGGACAGGCGAGAUGCGUCAAUGGGAAGGUGUUGGGUACGAUGGGGUGAAUGUCAACAGGCCAAAUGGACAAACUGAGGGACUGAUUCACGGGCCAGUAGUAACCACAACCCAACCCUCUUCCUGCUUUUUUUUCUCCUUUCCCCGCAGUCAGGGUUAUUAUCUCCCCACAGUUUUUCCUGUGUGCUAAGUGGAAAACCCAGAUUCUUUGCCCCCUUAGAAAACACACCUACCCACUCCCACAGGACUCAGGCGUCCUGGACUCCCAGCCUUGCCUCUCGGGGAUUCAGAUGUCCUGGUACCCACCCACCCCCACCCAGGUCCUGCUCCACCAUCAGAAUAAAGUGAAGAUGGGCACAGGCUCAGACCUUGGGGAUGUGCAGGGCCCCGUCACCGUGGGUAUACGUCUCCAUUCUUCUCUACUUCUUGUAAUUCUCUCUUCUUUCUUUCUCUGUUUCUCUGUCUCCAUAUUCCCCACUCACAGUUUUUGUCUCCAUAUUCCCCAUUCUCUGUUUCUCUGUCUCCAUAUUUCCCACUCUCAGUUUUUGUCUCCAUAUUUCCCUGUCUCUGUUUUUCUGUCUCCAUAUUCCCCACUCUGUUUCUCUGUCUCCAUAUUCCUCUCUCUCAGUUUUUGUCUCCACAUUCCCCACUCUCUGCUUCUCUAUCUCCAUAUUCUCCACUCUCAGUUUUUGUGUCCAUAUUUCCCUGUCUCUGUUUCUCUGUCUCCAUAUUUCCCACUCUCAGUUUUUGUCUCCAUAUUUCCCUGUCUCUGUUUCUCUGUCUCCAUAUUCCCCCCUCUCAGUUUUUGUCUCCACAUUUCCCACUCUCUGUUUCUCUAUCUCCAUAUUUCCCACUCUCAGUUUUUGUCUCCAUAUUGCCCAGUCUCUGUUUCUCUGUCUCCACAUUUCCCACUCUCAGUUUUUGUCUCCAUAUUUCCCUGUCUCUGUUUCUCUGUCUCCAUAUUUCCCACUCUCAGUUUUUGUCUCCAUAUUUCCCUGUCUGUUUUUCUGUCUCCAUAUUCCCCACUCUCUGUUUCUCUGUCUCCAUAUUCCCCUCUCUAACUUUUUGUCUCAACAUUCCCCACUCUCUGUUUCUCUAUCUCCAUAUUCUCCACUCUCAGUUUUUGUCUCCAUAUUUCCCUGUCUCUGUUUCUCUGUCUCCAUAUUUCCCACUCACAGUUUUUGUCUCCAUAUUCCCCACUCUCUGUUUCUCUGUCUCCAUAUUUCCCACUCUCAGUUUUUGUCUCCAUAUUUCCCUGUCUCUGUUUUUCUGUCUCCAUAUUCCCCACUCUCUGUUUCUCUGUCUCCAUAUUCCCCUCUCUAACUUUUUGUCUCCACAUUCCCCACUCUCUGCUUCUCUAUCUCCAUAUUCUCCACUCUCUGUUUUUGUCUCCAUAUUUCCCUGUCUCUGUUUUUCUAUCUCCAUAUUUCCCACUCUCAGUUUUUGUCUCCAUAUUUCCCUGUCUCUGUUUCUCUGUCUCCAUAUUCCCCCCUCUCAGUUUUUGUCUCCACAUUUCCCACUCUCUGUUUCUCUAUCUCCAUAUUUCCCACUCUCAGUUUUUGUCUCCAUAUUGCCCAGUCUCUGUUUCUCUGUCUCCACAUUUCCCACUCUCAGUUUUUGUCUCCAUAUUUCCCUGUCUCUGUUUCUCUGUCUCCAUAUUCCCCACUCUCAGUUUUUGUCUCCAUAUUUCCCUGUCUGUUUUUCUGUCUCCAUAUUCCCCACUCUCUGUUUCUCUGUCUCCAUAUUCCUCUCUCUCAGUUUUUGUCUCCACAUUCCCCACUCUCUGUUUCUCUUUCUCCAUAUUCUCCACUCUCAGUUUUUGUCUCCAUAUUUCCCUGUCUCUGUUUCUCUGUCUCCAUAUUUCCCACUCUCAGUUUUUGUCUCCAUAUUUCCCUGUCUCUGUUUUUCUGUCUCCAUAUUUCCCUGUCUCUGUUUCUCUGUCUCCAUAUUUCCCACUCUCAGUUUUUGUCUCCAUAUUUCCCUGUCUCUGUUUUUCUGUCUCCAUAUUCCCCACUCUCUGUUUCUCUGUCUCCAUAUUCCCCUCUCUAACUUUUUGUCUCCACAUUCCCCACUCUCUGUUUCUCUAUCUCCAUAUUCUCCACUCUCAGUUUUUAUCUCCAUAUUUCCCUGUCUCUGUUUCUCUAUCUCCAUAUUUCCCACUCUCAGUUUUUGUCUCCAUAUUGCCCAGUCUCUGUUUCUCUGUCUCCACAUUUCCCACUCUCAGUUUUUCUGUCUCCAUACUUCCCUGUUUCUCUGUCUCCACAUUUCCCUGUCUCUCAGUUUCUCUUUGUCUCUUUCUCGAUCUAAUUUUCUUCUUUCCCCUGUCCCCCUCCCUUCUUCCUGGGCACUUGCCCAUUGGGAACAAAAAACCUCAGUGUUUCCCCAAAAAAAAAUCAAUGUUGGAAGGCAAAGGGGGAAGGAUCCUUGGAAGAAGGCCCAGAGAAGGGGCCUCAGCUCAGGGAACACCUUGUGGAGAGAUCUCUCAGGGUCUCUCUUCCUUUCCUUCUGUGCCCUACGUCCCAUGUGUGAAUCUGGGCAGUGGAAGGAAACCUGGAUCCUGGAGAGGGGCCAAGGUCCUGUGCUCUUGGGCUGGAUCUGAAAUUUCCUCUAAGGGAGAAGUAGAAUUUGCUGAGUUCUUCCUCCUAUUCAUAACCAGCAAAUCGUGUUGAUGGGGGUUCUGCUCCUGUCUGACCACAAAUUAUGCAAUGGUAGGGCAGCCCCCGGAUACUCCCUCCUUGCCUUUUAACCAAAGCUGAAUCAACUCCCAGAGGAGACCAGAGGCCAGUGAGGCACCAAUAGACACGGUGUGAGAGAGAUGGAGAACUCCUCCGUGCUCCCCUCGGACGCCCCCCACUCCCCCCAACCCUCCCCCAUCCACCAGGCCUUCUGGAUCAUCUCCCUCAUCGUCUACUGCUCCGCCUUCGUCCUGGGCGUCGCUGGCAACGGGCUGGUGCUCUGGGUGGCGGGCUUCCGAAUGAGCCGCACGGUCACCACGGUCCUGUUCCUCAACCUGGCGGCCGCGGACUUCGCCUUCACCGCCUUCCUGCCCUUCGUCAUCAGCAGUACCGUCCUGCAGCCGCACUGGCCCUUCGGCUGGUUCCUCUGCAAGCUCCUCAGCUUCCUGUUAGUCCUGAACAUGUUCGCCAGCGUCUUCCUGCUGACCCUCGUGGCCCUCGACCGCUGCGUCUCCGUGCUCUGGCCCAUUUGGGCCCGGAACCACCGCACGCCCCGUCUGGCCGCCCUGGCCGCCGCCGGGGUCUGGAUAUUCGCCCUCGCCUUCUCGCUGCCCACGUUCAUCUUCAGGACCACGGACACGGAGGACGGGAUCACCUUCUGCUACUUUGAAUUUGAAAACCGGGACGAGGCGGGGGAUGACGAGGAGUACGUGGACCCCUGGGCUGAGGGCCGCCACUGGUCCCUGGUGCUGACCCGCUUCUCCCUGGGCUUCCUCAUCCCCCUCAUCAUCAUCAGCGUCUGCUAUGGGCUCCUCACGGCCAAGCUGUGGAGCGGGAUGCGCAAGGUGCGCUCCAGCCGGCCCUUCCGCAUCCUCACGGCCGUGGUGGCCGCCUUCUUCCUCUGCUGGCUCCCUUACCACGUGGUGGGCAUGAUCGAGGCUUUCGCCCACUCCCACCCUCAGCUCGUCGAGGUUCUGCCCUACCUGAGCCCGUUCUCCGCCUCGCUGGUGUUCGUCAACAGCUGCCUCAACCCCCUGCUCUACGUCUUCAUAGGUCGGGACUUCAGGGAGAAGCUCUUCCGCUCCCUGCCCACCGCCCUGGAGAGGGCUCUGAGCGAGGAGUCCGCCGCCACUGGGACCACCGGUAACAGCUCCGUCUCGGCGCCCCCCGUGGCUGUCACUGAGACAAAGAUUCUGUGAGGAGACUCCAAUCUCGGGGGAUUCUGGGAACUUCUGCUUAAGUCUCGAGUUCCAACGGCCUCCCAACGCGGACAUUUUCUGUUCUAAGGUGACUCCUAGCUCUGAUUGUAAGGUCAAUCCCAGCCCUGUUCUGAAUCCAGAAUGCAUGCUCCCAUUUUCCAGAACUUUUCAGCUCUGCUACUCCCUGUUCUGUGUUCUAAGGACUCCCCAGUUUCCACCUGUCAUAGGACAGUCUCAAUGAUUGGUCAGCACGCUGAGUCUUAAAGAAGAAAAGGAGAAUUCCCCCUUUCAAGCCCUCUGAAAGGGAAGGCAACAUCAUCCCAACAUCAGUGGAUUCCUCCUCCUUCUCUGAACCAUCUGCCCUCAGAAGCCCCCACUCCCUCUGGUAGAUGGCCCCCUCCUGCUGUGGCUCUGGGGUCCCGGAUACCAACAAGCUUCCCACUGAAUCACCAGAGUUUGUUCCCAUAGAGAAAACCGAGCUCCUCCAAGACUUGGUCCUGCUCCCCUAACCUUCCCUGGAGGAAAGAGAGAAUACUGAGCUGAGGAAGGGAGGGGUCUUUCUCUGAGAAGAGGAAGGGAAAGUGCUAGGAAAACAGCCUGAGGCUCAAGUCCUCACUCUGCCCCUGGGACGGGGUUUAGAAUCAACUAAAGGAGGCUGGAGGGCUACUCAGUGACCUUCAAGGGCUUCCAAGCCAUCAUUUAAAAAUGGUUUUUUAUGGUUUCCACGUCCCAGACUCUCCUCUCAUUCCAGAAAACACUUACAAUACAUAACCCUAAAAAAAGUAGUGGGAAGAAGGGGAUUAAAAGAGGAAGUUGAGAGAAAAGUGCAGUAAAAUUGCUCCACUUGGGGGAGAAAAAAAAAGCUAGCAUUCUUACAUGAAGCACCACUUCUGACUCCAUUUUGUUGCCAGUGGUUUAUUGGCUCAGGGGUGAUUCAGUGAGAUUGGCAGGGACUCCCUUCCCCAGUAAUUGGGCUUAGAGAUGAGGUCACACACCAUGGGUCACACUCUGGGAGAGUCACUUCCCUGGUGGGUCUGGCCACUUGGCGAAGGCUUCGGUUACAGCCCUCUGUGGAGUUGUCUUGAGGAGUAGGUGGGAGACAGGGAAAGACCCUCAUUUUCACACAUAUACAAAAACAGAGAUAGAAUUUAAGGCUACAAGGAACCUUAGACAUCCAUUUUAAGAUGAAAAGAUUAAGGAUUAUUUUGGUUUCCUUUUUGUACAUUCCAACACCUAAUUUAAUGUCUUGUAAACAGUCGGUACUUAAUAAAAUCAUGUUGAAUUAG